AUGGAGACGGAGAGUUGUUUGCCUUUCUCUUCGCAGACCAGUAGGAGGACGCCGCCAGAAAACUCUCCGGGACUGGAGCACGGCGGCACUGGCUCCUUUCUCUCCUGCGAUGAGCUGCACAAACCCUCGCACCUUCAUCCUCUUCCUCACCGCCUCAGCCUGCGCGGGGAUGUGUAUGCCGCUGCCAUGGGGAGGUUUGGUGAUGCUGCGGCGGACUUUACGCACGGCGCUGCCUCGGCGAACCCGUCCGCCUCACCGUCCAAACACACCAAGUUCUUGGACAGUAUAAACCAGGAUCAAAAGGGGACAGCGAUAAGUGGGAAGCCGGCGUUUUACGAGAAUAACUCAGACGUCAGAGAGAAAGGAGCUCCAAAAACCAUGGGUUAUCCUGGGAUUGGCACAGACUGUUGUGGCAAGCUGAAGGAGCCAAGUGGCGGUUUACAAGGAGACUCUAUCGCUGACUCCAUCGACUUAUCGGGCAAGAACAAGAAGCGGCGCAACCGCACCACCUUCAGCACCUUUCAGCUGGAGGAGCUGGAGAAAGUCUUUCAGAAGACACAUUACCCUGACGUUUACGCCCGGGAGCAACUGGCAUUGAGGACUGAGCUCACUGAAGCUCGAGUCCAGGUUUGGUUCCAGAAUCGUAGAGCUAAGUGGAGGAAACGGGAACGAUACGGAAAGAUUCAGGAGGUCCGCAACCACUUUGCUGCCACUUACGACAUCUCUCUUCUCCCUCGCCAUGAUACAUACCAGAUGCAGGGCAACUUAUGGCCAGGAGCGGUUUCAGGAGGAGGAGGCGGUGGUUCAGGUGCCGGUUGUGUCCUAGGAGCUGACUCCAUCCCCUCUUCCUGCAUGAGUCCAUACCCUCACCCCCACAGCAAUCUGCAGGGCUUCAUGGGCAUGCCCACGUCCCCCAGCCACCCACACCACCACCAUCCACCUCAUCAUCCGGGUAUCAACGGUCUCUACUCGCUCCAUAGCUUUCCAGGAGGCCUCGGGUCCCCCUCCAUCGAGGGGCCCGAGACCGAAUACAAGCCAACAGGCCUGGUGGCGCUGCGGAUGAAAGCCAAAGAGCCAGGCAGUAUCCUCUCCUGGCCAACAUGA